AUGCCGCCUAAAAAGGGACAGAAGAUGUCGCUCAACGACUUCUUGGCCGACGAGUCCACCGGCAAGACCUCCUGGGCAGACGAGAUGGACGAUCUCCCCAUCGCAUCGGCUCCUCGCGACAACUCCUACCGCAGGGGCGGCGACUACCUCGCCUCCAUGCCCGACCGUGUCGACCGCGACCGUGGCUUCGAGCGUCCCGAGCGCAGCUACCCGCCCCGCGACGAGCUGCCCCUCCCCGACAAGCCUCCCUUCACCGCCUUCGUCGGCAACCUUUCCUUUGACGUCGUCGACGCAGACGUAGAGGACUUCUUCGCCCCUUCCCAGCUCGUCAGCGUCCGCAUCGUCACCGGACAUGACGGCAAGCCAAAGGGCUUCGGUUACGUCGAGUUCCAGUCCCAGGACGACCUCCGCGCCGCACUCGACAGGAGCGGCUCCCAGCUCGCCACCAGGACCGUCCGCAUCAGCGUCGCAGAGCCACCCAAGUCCGGCUUCGGCGGCGACCGCGCCAUGCACUCCAGCCAGGCCGACGACGCCUCCCAGUGGCGUCGCGCAGCGCCCCUCCCGCCCUCCGAGCCCCGCGGUGGCUUUGCCCCGCGCACCGAACGCUCCGGCGUGCCUCCCCGCGCAGAGGGCUCCGGCUUCGACAACAUGGACGUCAGCGGCGGCGUCCGCAGCGGCUUUGGCGCAAAGUUCCAGUCCGCCCCUCCCGCCGCCAACCGCCCGCCUCGCGACCCUGCCGCCGCCGCCGCCCCGCUCGAGCCUAGCCAGGCCGACCUCGCCAACCAGACGGGCAAGCCGGUCGAGGGCCGUUCGCCCGCCAACUCGCGUCGUCCUUCCGGCAUGACCCCCGACGCAGACUCCCGUCGCCCCUCCUACCGUCGCAACGACGCAAACGACGUCGACGAACGCUUCUCCUCCCAGGAGCGUAUGGGCUUCGGCUCCAAGUUCACCCCCGACCAGACUCCCCCCGAGAGCCCCGCAAACGCAAAGAAGGGCUUCGGCUUUGGCGCCGCAGAGCGUCGCGGCAGUGGCCAGGGCGCCGGCGCGCCCGCCGCCGCCACCGACGGCGUCGACAACUGGCGAUCAGCUAGGAAGCCCGCUUCCGGCUCCUCCAGCCCCGCUCCCCAGCCUGCCGCUGCAGAGCGCAAGAAGCUCGACCUGAAGCCACGCUCCGUCGAGGCCACCGCCGCCUCCGCAUCCGCCUCCGCCACCAGCUCCAAGCCUAGCCCCUUCGGCAAUGCCAAGCCUAUCGACGCCGCAGAGCGCGAACGCCAGAUCGACGAAAAGCUCGCACAGAGGGAGAAGGAGAGGCAGGAAGACCUCAAGGCAAAGAAGGAAAAGGCAAAGGCAGACAAGGAGAAGAAGGACAAGGCUCCCGCGCCCACCUCCACCGACAAGCCUCAGGCCGACAGCGCCCAGGCCGACGCUGCCACUCCCGCUGCCGCGUCCCAAGAGUCGGCGCCUUCCGCCGCUGCCAAGGCGCCACGCGCCCCGGCUCCCGUCGGCGCAUGGGGGGGAGGACGUAAGCCAUCCGGUGCGCUCGUCGGUGGUGAGCAGAGCCCCGCAGCCGCCAACGACGACAAGUCCGCCGAUAUCCAGGUCGACGAGGUCGCUCAGAAGGUCGAGGAGACCAAGCUCGAUGCCUAA